AUGAUUGAUAAGGACCGAGAAAAUCAGACUUAUUCAGUGAUCUUCAUUCUGUUGGGCUUCUCUGAAUACCCGGAUCUGCAGCUGCCCCUGUUCUUCGUGUUUCUGACCAUAUACACAAUCACUGUACUGGGAAACCUGGGUAUGAUUGGCAUCAUCAGGAUCAAUACAAAGCUCCGCAGUACCCCCAUGUACUUUUUCCUUAGUCAUCUUUCCUUUGUGGAUUUCUGUUACUCUACUGUUGUAUCACCCAAACUAUUAGAAAACUUGAUCAUAGAAGACAGAACCAUCUCUUUCUCAGGCUGUAUUAUACAGUUCUUCUUUGCAUGUACAUUUGUGGUGACCGAAACGUACAUGCUGGCAGUGAUGGCCUAUGACAGAUUUGUUGCAGUGUGUAAUCCUCUGCUCUACACUGUUGCCAUGUCUCCAAAGCUGUGUUCCAUUUUAGUGGGUGCCUCAUACUCUUGGGGUUUAAUCUGUUCCUUGACACUUACUUACUUUUUGCUGAGAUUAUCCUUUCAAGGGAUUAAUAUAAUUAAUAAUUUUGUGUGUGAGCAUGCUGCUAUUGUGGCUGUAUCCUGCAGUGACCCAUACAUUAGUCAGGAAAUUAUUUUUGUCUCUGCCUCAUUUAAUGAAAUAAGCAGCCUAAUUAUUAUUCUUACUUCCUAUGUUUUCAUCUUCAUCACUGUCAUGAAGAUGUCUUCCACUGGAGGCCGUAGUAAAGCCUUCUCUACGUGUGCUUCCCACCUGACUGCCAUUAUUAUUUUCCAUGGAACAAUUCUAUUUCUCUACUGUGUACCUAACACAAAGAGUUCUUGGCUCAUGGUCAAGGUGGCCUCAGUGUUCUAUACCGUCUUCAUCCCUAUGUUAAACCCCUUGAUCUAUAGUCUCAGAAACAAAGAUGUCAAGGAGUCAGUCAGAAAGUUGGUGACCAAAAGUUUAUAA